CAUGCUGCUGAAUCAUCACGAUAUCUAGGUUGUCUCGCUUGUCAACUUGAACCCCGCAUUGACGGGGCUGUGCAUUUGUACACUUGGGAUCGGGUGUUCCUGAGCUCUCCCGUGGCUUCUAUGUCUGCUUGAGUGGUUUGGAAACCGCUGCUGCCUCUAUUGAGCUGUGUAUUCCUCUGGCGAGUCGUUCGCAAACCGCCAGUCUUGGCAUCGUAUCCGCAAUUUACAUCAUACCGGGACGUCGGUCUACUUUCAGUCGCAACGCCACCCUCGUCAAGCUGCCUCAACAACUUAGACCCCUACGCAGGUGCAUUGGUUAGUCUAAUAGAUAAACACCAACCUUCACAAUACCAAGUCUGCCGUCUUCCUACUUUUCAUUCAAAAGUAAUCCUUUCGCAUUUCGCAUCUGGUGGACUCGGCGCAGUUCUGCCACCUGGAAGUCAGUUACCACGAGAUACCUACUCUACAGUACACCAUAUAAAGCAAACCCCCCCGCUUUGAAACCCAUCUCUUACACGACCUACAACCUCUUGUACCCCUCCUUCGUCAUUCACGCACCUUUUUCUUGCCUCACCCGACAUCAACCAACAAGUCGUACGAACCAGAUCUCCUAUUCCACAUCUUCUUUCCUCAACUUUCAGAGUCCUCCCUCUGUAUCACAUAAUCAACCUACCUACAAACAAGAACGCACAGCACAGUCUGUUCGAUGGCCGACUUCGUUGCUCCUCCUCCCGGUCCUCCCCCGCCCAAGGUUCCUGAGGGCUGGGUGGCACGAUGGAAUGAACAGUACAAAGAAUGGUUCUACGUCAACACCUACACCAAAAAGUCCCAAUGGGAGAAACCCACCGAGCCCGCCGUGCCUCCCCGCGAUGAAUCCGCCCCUGCCGGCCCCCCUCCCUCCUACUCCGCAGGCGACAGCAAACCCGUUGUAAGCGACACCAAGUCCAACAACCCCUACGACAACCCUGCCAACCGCGCCGGCGGUAACGGCGGCGGUCCUUCCGCAUACGAAGACGAAGACGCACGUCUAGCCCGCCAGCUCCAAGCCGAAGAGGACGCUCGCGCCGCCGCCGCCGCUAACCAGCGCGGCCACACCCCUUCUGGUCAACAGUCGCCGUUCCCCUCGCAACUACCGCCUCGUCCUGAGACCAACGAUCGUGGCGGAUCUAAGGGGUCCUUCCUCGGCAAGAUUUUUGGUGCUGCGGGUAAGGGCAAACACUCCGGGUCUUCGUCCCACGGUUACGGCGGUGGGGGUGGUUACCCAGCCCAGGGUUAUUCGCCCGCUCCGUACGGAGGAUCACCGGCGCCUUAUGGACAGCCUCAGCAACCGAUGUACGGCCAGCAACCACCCGUUGGCUACGGAGGAUACCCUCAACAAGGUGGUUAUGGAGGAUACGCUCCUCCGCAAGGAUACUAUGGUGGAGGCGGUUAUCCCCAGCAGCAACAGGCUUACGGCGCCCCCGGGAGGAGCGGUGGCGGCGGUGGCAUGGGCAUGAUGGGCGGUGCGGCGCUGGGGUUGGGCGCGGGUGUCCUUGGUGGUGCGUUGAUUGCUGAUGCGGUCAAUGACCAUGACCAGGAGAUUUAUCAGGAAGGAUAUAAUGAUGGCCAGGAUGGUGAUAUGGACUUUGGUGGUGGUGAUGAUUUCUAAACUCGCUUGCUCGUCUACUCGAGUAUCAAAGUCGAGUACAAGAGCUUUGAGCAGUACGGCUUUAGGCGGUCAUGGGCUGCCUUAGGAGACACUGCAUUCUCUUCAUACUUUGCAGUGGCUUAUCUUCCUUUCUUGAUGACGUCUUGAUGAAUAGGAUUUGGUUUGGCGUCUUUGCAUGGAAUUGGUAAGGCGAGGUUUAUCUAGGACAGGACUUGCUAUCAAACCUACGACGACGAAUGGGAUACGUAUUACAGAUAAUUGCCGUGCAUUUUAUAACUCUAUGUGUUAUGAUGCUAGUGCCCCUAAGCAAGCCCAGCUUGUCUAUGACCUUGAUAGCAAGCAUUAUAUAUACCGGUAGCCAGCUUUUUUCUAGCCCAUUCGCACUAUUCAUUAACCCCCUCACCAUCUUCAAUCUUCAUCUUCAGCACCAUCCUCAUCCUCAUCCUCCUCCUCCUCCUCGUCUUCUGAAACCUCACCACCGAGCUUCUUGAGUUGUUCCUAUACACCAGCACACAAAGAAUGUCAGUCUACGUCAUCUUCUUGAAGUCCCAAGGGUACUUUAGUUGAAAGGGUUUUGCUUACCUUAUAUUUCUGCCUCUUUUCUUCCAAAUCAUCAAACAGCAA